AUGUUUUGGCGGGCUACCACUAUCCUGGCGGCGAUCGCUGCCAGCACCAUUUCCUUGGUCAACGGCCAAGCUCCAAACUCGAUACAGAACUGGAAGAACGACUUUGCAACUGUCGACUUCAAGACUGGGUCGAAUGGCUCGUUCUCGGCGGUGUGGAACAACCGGUUCGGGGGCAACUUUGUGGUCGGAAGAGGGUAUCAGCCUGCUCGAGACAUGCAAGUGCUUGUCAACUACACAGGCACAUUCACCACCACAGGCGCAGCAUAUCUCGCCCUGUACGGCUGGACACGGAACCCCUUGGUCGAGUACUACGUGAUCGAGUCCAUGGGCAACCACAACCCGUCCGACAACAAAAGCGCAACGCAAUACGGCUGCUUACAGAGCGACGGCGGAACCUAUGAGAUCUGGCAAAAGGAGCGCAUCAACGCGCCCUCCAUCGAGGGCGACAAGACCAACUUUCAGCAGUACUGGUCGGUCCGCACCUCCAGACACGUCGGCGGGACUAUCAACACUGGCAAUCACUUUCGAGCCUGGCAGGCCGCGGGCCUGAAGCUGGGGACGCAACUUUACAUGGAUAUAGUCAUUGAGGGACAGGCCGGUGCUGGGUCGGCAAACAUCACGGUCGGGACACCGCCUAAGACUAGUGUGCCCAAUUCACCUACGCCGACUUUCCGAUCGGAGCAUGCGCCGGGGACGUGUAACUUUGGAACAACGUCCACGAGCCGUGCCACGACGACUACUAGUCUUCGGACUACAACGACUCAAAGAACCACCACUACCCCAACAACCACGACGAAGCGGGGCUCUGCGUGA